AUGUCCUCGUGUAGUGGCAUGUAUGCCGAUGUUGGAGUCUGCAGCAGAAGCCCCUUAAACUUUCAGUCGACAACUGGGUAUCAGGGGGAUCCCGAAGCUCUUCUGUUCAGAGAUCGAAUACUUCGAGCUCAUCGUGCAAAUCGUCACAAGGCAACAGUGUUGACUGAGUACUGUAAGAGUUGGCAGCCGAAGCAAGUCGAAUACAAAACGCAAUGCAGGUGGUCGCCAGUCAUCAGCCUUUUGCUCUUACUAAGCACAGAAGAAGCACUAAUUCAAACAGGAGUACCGGCCUCUUAUACGUAA